GUGUGUUUUCUAAACGCCUCGGAUUUAGAUCGUCUCCCUCCACUUUCAAAGUGACGCCGGUUUUCGGCACUUUUAAAAAAGAGAGAGGGAGAGAAAACCUCUCCCACAAAGCCUAAAGCGAAUUCACUUGAAAAAAGUUUGACACCAACGAUGGAAGCUUUUAAUCCUAUUUCAGAAGAAAACCGGGCCUGGGAAUGCCCCUCUAAAAGUUGGAGGUGGUCAAACAUCAAAACAAUACAAAUAAGAGUGGUUUUUUGUUUUUUGUUUUGGUUCUGAGAAUUUAAAAAAUGUAAUUUAAAUUCUUCUAUAAGGAUUUUAGUGAAACAGAUCUGCGAAUGAACAAUGUGUGUGUUAUACUCACACACAAAUAUGCACACGUAAUAUUAUUUACGAAACCAAUAUCUUGUUUUUCUCACUAAUAGAAGAAAGAUUUGCAAAUUAUUUACAAUUAGGUUCAAGAGGAAAUACAAUAAUAAGUAUGUGAAUUUAUGAAUUAAUUCAUGCAGUUCAGGAAAGUUAAAAAAAAAAAAACCCAACCACCCCCAAGUAAUAUACUAAUUAAAAACCUUCCUUAGACGUGGAUUGGGGUUUGCAGUAACAUAGGAACUGAAAUAGAGGAAGGUGGCUUUGUUUAUAACUUGGCAGAGAUGUAUUUAUUUAAUGAAAUAUCCACCUUUGAAUAUGGGGGAAAGGAAACCCUGAAGUGCCUCAGACAUUCACUUUUUCGGUGCAUGAACUUGGAAUUAAAGGAGAUGGGUUUUUUGUUGCACGAAAAAUAAAUUAACUUCCCUGUUAAGGAGUUCAUUAAAAAUAGCUGUCUGUGCAGGAAGCCAGCCAGUCUAAAUAUCACUGUCCAAAUCUUCUAGAGACUAGUACACUUGGAAAUUCCUUCCCCUUUGUCCGCCAUUUUGGAAAAAAAAUUAGCUUUCUCAGAGUUGCAAAGUCCUUGGCUCUUUCCAAGAGAAGGACAACAUUUUAUGAAAGAAAUGCUAAUGGUUUAAUCUGUCAGGAUGUGUUAAUGUCACACUUUGGAAUCCCGAAGCGGGGUACAAAAGUAAAUCGUUUUUUGUUUUUGUUUUUGUUUUUUUGGGAGGUGGGAAGGCGACUGCAUUCCAAGUAGGUGUCAGAAGGGCUAGGAUACAACAACCAAAGGCAAUCUGUGGCUGGAAAAUUCUGCUUCCACCAUCACCAAAUGCAAGAGUGGAAUGCAUGGUGAUGUGCAUCUCCCUGUAAACACAGUCUUGCAAUGGAAGGAACAUGCUACUGAUCUUUAAUGUUCCUCUUGUACUAACAGGGGAAAUUUGGAAGCAAGUUUAGCCAUGUGGUGAUUUCUGUUUGGAAGUUAAAUGCUUGUUUGUUUAGCGUUAGCUCCAUAAUCAGGAGUUUCUGAAAGCCUAAUAAAUCUCUUACUUACCUCUAAAUCUAAUUACCCAAAGUACUAAUUAGGUGAAAAAUGGCUGAUGGAAAUCACUGCAAACGUGGAAUGAUCCUGGUGGGACAGAAAAGUUUGCCUCUUUCCAAGAUGGCAUUUCAGCUCCGCAUUUUGGGGUUCGUAGCAGUUGAAUGCGGCAAAAGCUGGGACCCCUGAUUUCAGCCAGCCCGCCGGGACCCCGACUCUCCGCUCCCGAGGGAAUCGAGACCUUCCGGGCCUUUCCCCCUUCCCCGGAUUUUUGGCCGACUCUCCUCCAACCACAACUUUAGCAUGAUGUCUUAUCUCAAGCAACCACCUUACGCAGUCAACGGGCUGAGUCUGACAACCUCGGGCAUGGACUUGCUUCAUCCUUCGGUGGGAUACCCGGCGACCCCUCGGAAGCAGCGGCGGGAGCGCACCACCUUCACCCGGGCGCAGCUGGACGUGCUGGAGGCGCUGUUCGCCAAGACCCGCUACCCGGACAUCUUCAUGCGCGAGGAAGUAGCUCUGAAAAUCAACCUGCCCGAGUCCAGGGUGCAGGUGUGGUUCAAGAACCGGCGGGCCAAGUGCCGCCAGCAGCAGCAGCAGCAGCAGAAUGGGGGCCAGAACAAAGUGCGGCCGGCCAAGAAGAAGAGCUCCCCGGCCCGGGAAGUAAGUUCGGAGAGCGGGGCCAGUGGGCAGUUCACUCCCCCCUCCAGCACCUCCGUCCCGGCCAUUUCCAGCAGCAGCGCUCCCGUGUCCAUCUGGAGCCCGGCUUCCAUCUCCCCACUCUCAGACCCACUGUCCACAUCCUCUUCUUGCAUGCAGCGGUCCUACCCCAUGACCUACACCCAGGCUUCAGGCUACAGCCAAGGAUACGCGGGCUCAACCUCCUACUUCGGGGGGAUGGACUGUGGAUCUUAUUUGACCCCGAUGCACCACCAGCUUCCGGGACCAGGGGCCACACUCAGUCCUAUGGGCACCAAUGCAGUCACCAGCCACCUCAACCAGUCCCCAGCUUCCCUCUCCACCCAGGGCUAUGGAGCAUCAAGCUUGGGCUUUAACUCAACCACCGAUUGCUUGGAUUAUAAGGACCAAACCGCCUCCUGGAAGCUAAACUUCAAUGCUGACUGCUUGGAUUAUAAAGACCAGACAUCUUCAUGGAAGUUCCAGGUUUUGUGAAGGCCUGUAGGACCCCUUUGUUAUAAGAAUAAAUAUUAAUAAUAAUAAAUAAUAAUAAACACGCUGGGCUGAACAUUCCAGUUUUAGUCAGGUCUUGGUUAAAUUAAAGAGGAAAAAAAAAGAAAAAAAAAGAAAAGAAGAAAGAGACAGUUGGUGUGAUCAUACCUAGAUUCACCUCCUGCCCAAAAGCUCUGGAAAGGAAUAAAGAAGAAAUGAAGGAAGAAGGCCUUAAAAGGACAGAUCAUCUACUGAGCAGAAGCAGACAGACCAACCUGUGUUCUUUAUAGUUUUAGCCAAUUGUUGGGUUUCUUUGUUUGAAAGGAAUGGCAGAUCAUUCCACUUAUGGGCCAGUUUUAAAAAGAAAGUCUAGGUUUGGGUGUGGUUUUUUUUUUUUUCUCCUUUCUUUUGUGUGUGUAUGGAAAGAUCCUUCACCCAGAGGUUUCCAGCGUGCUAGCCAACCCUUGGUUAAAAAUCUUUGGAAUGGACAGCAUCUCUCUCUCUCUCUUUCUCUUUCUCUCGCUCAAGUUCAUUCAACUGUUUCAUGCCCAACUUGCUAGUUGGCACUGACAGACCUUGGGUCAGGGUUGUGUGGGUUGUGUGACUGAUUGUCCUAGCUGCACUACUUUAUUUAAAAAAAAGAAGAAGAAGAAAUGUUCAUAAGGAGUCAAUAUGUAGUUUUUAAGAGACAAUCAGUGUGUGUCUUAUAUAAAUGGUACAUCUGUGGUUUUUAAUCUGUGCUAGACUUCAAAACUGUGAUCUCCUGUAUUGUAUGCAACUGUGAACUCCUCCCCAGCAGGGGUUCUGCUGUGAUUUAAAUAGGUUAUAAUUAUAAGUGAAAUUCAGAGCAACUGAGUUACCUAGUAUCAUCUUUUAAAAAAAUCGCCUUUCACCACAGGUGAACUGUACUGAAACUUUUUCCAACAAACUGUCUCUGAAUGAAAGAGAAAGAAGAAAACCACACAAGGACACUAAACUCAUCCGUAGUAACUUACUGCUGGCCAAGCCGGCAGUAGAAACAAAACAGGACAUUGGUCAAUUGCUCUGACCUUGAUGAAUUUACACGGAGACAUUCGUUGUCGUUUAUGCUUGCAGAUGUUAAUUGAGAAAAAAGAUAUAUAUGCAUAAACCUUUUUUUCCCUGGAUUUGGCAGAUAUGUAUAAUUAUAUUAAAAUGGUUCUAGCACAA